AUGGGCCGUUUGGUGGAACAGGGGAUCGUGCAUCCAUACUAUUCAUUCAUCCUCCUCAUUAUAUUUCUGUUGUGUGUCAGCUACAUUAUUGGUGUAGUGAAGGCUAUUGUGUCUCCGUUAUCGCGCAUACCAGGUCCAUGGUAUGCCCCCUUAACUACCUUACACCUGAACUACGCCUUCGCAACAGGAAAAAUAUGGAAGAUUGUCGAGAAAGGACAUCAGGAAUACGGAUCCAUCAUGCGCCUGGGCCCACGCCAAGUCUGGGUGUCUGAUAUGGAAGCGAUGCGGACAAUCCUGAUCACAGCAGACCUGCCAAAGGUCACGAUCGAUGCUUUUUCGUCUCGGAGAUUUGAAACCUUCACGCAACCCGCAACGAUGGACUUGAUGGAUGAUCUUCAUAGUCUGGCACUAGAUAUAAUGGGAGAAUGCUCCUUUGGCAGAGGAUUUGGAUACACAAAUCCUCAAAAAGAGACGACCUUCGGCAUUGAUGAGAAAAUUUGGAGUGGAAUACCCUCAGCAAUCUUCAAAGGAAUGGCGCAGCGUUAUCAGAUGGUCUACUUCAAACGUUUAUUGAGAAAGAUUGGCGUUGAUAUCAAGUUUGAUUGGCCUGAUAGCAUGAUUGCAAAAAAUCUCGGCCCAGAUCUCCUACAGCAUCUGAUAGAUGAAGGAGAAAAGCCAGAUAGCGGAAUGAAGAUGGUGCCGAGAGAUGUCAUUGAUCAGAUGUCCGAGGUUCUCCUUGCUGGAUCCGAGACCACCUCAGGCACCAUCGGUUGUUUCUUCUUGGAGGUCUUGCGAAAUCCUCAAGUAAAAGCCAGACUUUUGGAAGCUCUCCCUGUGCUUCUACCGAACGAUUCAAUUAUUACCAGCAAAGCAGUCCGGACCGACUCUCAAUAUGAGUAUCUUGAGGCGUGCAUCAAAGAGACACUUCGGUUGCACCCUAUAGCAUCAGAGAUGGGCCGCAGGACAUUGAACCAAUCAAUCGAGCUGAUUGGAUUCUCCAUACCUCCCCAUACUUUUGUCUGUGCCUCUUACCGGGAUCUCCAUCGAAAUCCGGCUUACUGGCCUGAUCCGCUCCGUUUCUGGCCCGAGAGAUGGUUGCAAAACCGGCCACCUGAUGUUCCACCUCCCAAAUAUGUCCCAGCGGUUCGCGACAGUUUAACUGCUUAUUAUCCAUUUUCUGCUGGAAAGCAUUCUUGCAUUGGUAAAAAUUUUGCAUGGGCGGAGAUUCGAAUGGUGACCGCGAAUCUGCUUAGUCGAUUCGAGUUCAUCGAGGUGCCAGCACAGGACAUCGACUACAGACAGUACAUCACAAUGCAAUUUGCAAAUGGCUCGUGGAAGGCUUUUCUCAAACCGCGAUAUGAAUCGCGAGCCGAAUUCUUUACCAUAUAG